AGGAGCAGUACACCUUUUGACUUGGAUUUAACCACUCGAAGUUCUCGAAAUUAGUUCAUAAAAUAACUGAAAAUACACUAAAAUAGUUGCAUAAUAAUGAGUGCGUGGAGUGGUUAUAAUGUCACCCACAAUAUAGGACAAGCCCUCGAAUUUGGUCGUAAAGGUUCAAUGGAACUGAUGACAAGACUUCGAACAGGGUCAGGCGGAACUCAAUAUUUUCAAAGAAACAAAAAAGUUAGCAAAACCACCAAUCCCGAUGAUUUCACUGCUCCCACUACCAUUCCAAGGCCAAUUCCCAAGAAUUUAUCCUCUCCCACUAUGCAAGACCUUGUUGAGCAUCAAGAGCUGGAACUCGUGGAGACAAAAACGCUGCUGGUGGAGGAAACGGGCACCCUGGUCGUCAAAGGUCACACCAAAGACGUUUGCAUCAUUCCAAUAAACACUUUGGAAGAAAUGGACUCCAAAGUUUGGCAACAGCAUGGAAACGAUCAUCUCGGCCUAGUAUUAUCUGCCCUGUAUUGUAAGCUGUUGGUUGUUUGUGGCACUGGAUUCUCUUUGUCGGAAGUAAUUUCAAGCUACAUUCCUGUGGCAUUUUAUGAUGGUUUCUACUUGUACCUCUACUUCAUGAGUAUACUUUUCAUGACGGCAAUUUUAGGAAAUGUUGUAAAAGAAAAGGCUCACAUGCAUGCACGGAAUUUUGCCCAAGGGGUUGCACGAAGAAGUCGAAGGAGUAGGAGUAGAUCCAGGACAAAAACCACUCCCACACAGAUAACUACAGAAAAUCAGGUUGGCGUAGAAUCCCAGAAAAUUCCAAACUUGAGAAAACAUUCAUCAGAGUAUUCGACAUCAUCGUCAACCGAAUCGCCACCACUUUCCCAAGCAAACUCAUCAGCUUCUGUUUCUGGUCGAAGGGAACGAAUUCGUGCAAGAAAUCUAAAAGCGGAGAAAGAAACUGUACGUGAAAAAGGGACUCAUUUCGGAAGUUUUUAUCUGAGAAUUGGAGCAGUUGCUUUCGGCGUGGGUAGUAUGAUUUACACAGGCCUUGAGUUUGGACAAUACUUUGAACUUAAGCCGGAUGAAAAAUGUAGAAAUUACAUGGCCGCGUUGACUCCUGCUGUUAGAAUGGUGUUUACAUUUAUGCAAAUGUAUUUUAUCUUUCUAAAUUCAAAAAUGGCAGUGUCUAAAGUGUCUCUAACUACACAAUAUGGGUUAAUGCACCUGAUUGGAACUAAUCUUUGCAUCUGGCUUAAUGUUCUUGUACAAGAAACAAAACAUGAGAUUUUAAAUUUUUAUAACCCGGAUAACAAUACAAUUUCAUUCCGGUACGAAAAAGCCCAUAAAGCAUAUUUGAAUCUGAUAGACGACUCAUCAGUAAUGCGUGGAGGGAGUGAAACUCACAUAACUCAAGCUACUCACCACAACGACAAUGUUAAAGAUAUUCAUCAUCGAAUGGCUCGUGGAUUGAAAGGACCUCACACGAUAACAGAGUGUGGCAGAACUAAUAUAAUGGGUUCAAUAGUUGACUCGGCAUCACCAUUUUUGUUUCCUUGCACUAUCGAGUUUUCACUAAUUUGUGCUGCAGUGUGCUUUGUGAUGUGGAAAAGUUUUGCUAAAAGAAGAAUAGCUCGGAUUCAUCACAGCAGACAUGUCCAGACCACAUUCCCUCCAACAAUCGGAUCAAACCGAUCUCCACAUCACUAUUCAGUCGAUUGUGCCAGGGCAAAUAAAGGACUUUUUGUAGGGAUAUUUUUCUUGGUACUCACCAUAAUGAGCAUAAUAAUCAAUUUGGUUCUCGACACUCGAGAAGAAUAUAAAGAAAUUGCACACCUUGAGGUAAAUAUCACGGAAAUUGUGCUAUAUACUGCUGCGUCGAUUGCCGUUCUUCUCGGAAUGUAUCAGGUUCGUGUUCUUCGUUUCGAAAAACAAAGAAAUUUAGAGCUGGACAACAUUCUUCUCAUCGUGGCUCAAACCGGGAGCCUCAUUUUUAAUGUGUUCACGAUCAUAAGUGGUCAUUUUAAAGGGGAGAAGCUAGUCCUCCUCCUGGCCCUGAGUAAAGUUGUCCAACUGUUACUUCAAACCUUGUUCAUUUUAGACGCCAGCAACAGAACGGCUUCGACAGUGGAGCAGGCACGGAGAAAGCCGGGUCGAGAGGUGGUUACCUACUUGUUGGUCACCAACUUGGCCAUGUGGCUUAUGAAUGCCUUGGAAAAAUCAAGAGGAGAAAGUCACCCGGCUCAACUGCAAUUUUAUGGAGUUUGGGGAUGGACCAUAAUCACACACAUUUCAAUGCCCCUUGCAAUCUUUUAUCGGUUUCAUAGCACAGUGUGUCUUUGCGAAAUCUGGAAACGGGCCUUCAAACUGAAGAGAAGCUGAUUUCGUCUAUAGGAUAAUCAAUAUGAAUGUAUACUUUGCAGUAAAAUUAUUUAUAUAAUAUAGAUACACAUAAAUAUAUAUAUAUAUUGUUAACAUAAUUCUUUGUUGAAUAAAUGCACACAAACAUGUAUUUGAAUAUCAAACCCA